GAAGGAAUCAAAGCGCUGCCAACGCGUCCCAGCUGGCCGAGCACUCCAACCAAACGCACCCACCAAACCAAACGCGUCGCCACGCCAACCCAGCCCAAACAAAAGCUGGCCGGCGCCGGCAACCUCCAACGGACCUGACCUCCACCACCGCCGUAUCUCUCCCCGCUCCUCCCCGAAAAGGCUAGGCCGGCCGCCGGGCGGACGCCGGCGACGCCGCCAUGUCGCCCGCCCGCAUCCUCAUCCUCUCCAUCGCGGCCCUGGCGCUCCUCCUCCACUCCUCCCCAACCCUAGCCGCCGCCGCCGACGCCGACGCCGCCGCCGAGCCCUGCGCGGCGCCCCUCUCCUCCUCCUCCGCCGCCUCCGCCGCGCCCGACGAGGUCGCGCUCUGCCCGGUGCGCUGCUUCCGCCCGGACCCGGUCUGCGGCGCCGACGGGACCACCUACUGGUGCGGCUGCCCCGAGGCGGCCUGCGCCGGCGCCACCGUGGCCCGCCGCGGCUACUGCGAGGUCGGCGCGGGGUCCGCGCCCGUCUCCGGCCAGGCGCUCCUGCUCGUCCACAUCGUCUGGCUCUUCGUGCUCGGCGCCGCCCUCCUCCUCGGCUUCCUCUGACGCCCUCACCUGGCCUGUUCUGUUCCCCCAUCUGUAAAAUCAAGCAUGCAUUUCGCGAUCGUUCGCUGCUGAGUUCCGCUGAGAGCACUGAGGCUGGUGCCGGUUUCGUUGCAAAGAAAUUAUUUGGUUCGCAGAUGUCGCGCAAUUCUUUCAUAUGUGAGUUCCAUUGGCUUCGUGGUUUAGAUUCUUGGAGCUGGUCUGUGCAGAUUGCUCUCGUGAAAUUUUAGGUUGAGAUCGUGUAAACAGCUUGUAAAUUCCGGCUAACAUUUUGCGGUGAUAGGGCUCUUUUUCCCUGUCUAUAAGCUUCAUCUCCGUUGCUUAUUCUU